AUGCCUCAAGCACAGCCUGAACUCAAGAAGUACAUGGAGAAGCGGGUCUUCUGCCAGAUCAACGGCAACCGCAAGGUCAUUGGUAUCCUCCGCGGAUACGAUGUCUUCAUGAACAUCGUCCUCGACGAAGCCUUCGAGGAGAAGGAUGGUGGCGAGAAAGUCCCCAUGGGCAUGUGUUGCAUCCGCGGUAACUCGCUGAUCAUGAUCGAAGCCCUUGAGCGCAUCGACACCAAAUAA